AUGGCAACGAUUCUUGGUGUUGGACCUGGUGUAUUUAUCCUCUGUAUGCUUUGGGCCGCUACCAUAAUAAUAUGCCUAGUAAUCUCCUACAGAGAGACACGUUCAAAUUUUAGUUGUAAUUUUAUCUCUGAUAAUCUCCGUGAUCUUACUUGUUAUUCCAAGGGAUUCAAAG